AUGGCUUCAAAUCGUUUUGGAUACAUAUGUGAAAAAUCAUUUUAUUUACAUCGUAUGAAUGAUUGUGAUGAUCUUGAUUUAUAUUAUCAAAAAUUUUUAAAUAAAUUAAGUAAAAUAUGUUUAAAAAUAUUUCUUCCAUUAUUACCAUUAAUUUAUUUAUUAACAUUAUUUCUUUGUCGUUUAUUAUUAUAUAAUCAAUUAAUAAUUAUAUUUGAUUUACGUACAAUACUUUAUUUAAUAGGAAUUUUUUUAACAUUCAUUUUAUUAUUUCUUAUACGUUUACAUACAAAAUGGAAAACACUUUGGUUUUGUACAAGAAUUUUUUUAAUAUUACUUUUAAUUAUUCCAUUAUUAUUAACAUAUCAAACAGAGCAAUAUCAUAUAUUAUUUUCAACAAUAUCAAUAACACUUAUUUAUUCAUUAUUAACAUUUACAUUAAUACAAUCAUUAAUUAUUUGUUCGACUAUAUCAUUAUUACAUAUAAGUUUAUUAAUAAAUCAAAAAAAUCAAAUACAAUGGAAAAGUUUAGAAUUUUUAUCAAUAAUUUUUUAUCAUUUUAUUAUAAAUAUAUCCGGUCUAUAUACAUAUAUAAGAUCAUUAAAACAUAUACGUCAACAUUUUCAUGCAUAUGAAAUAAAUUUAUAUGAAAAAAAUAAAUUAAAUGUUGAUUGUAAAAAAUUAAAUACAAUUAUUGGACAUUGUCAACAAACACAACGUUUUAUUGGACGUUUGUCCAAAUUAUCUAGUGGAUUUAAUAUUAAUAAUCAAUCAAAUAAUAUUAAUCAAAAAUUUGGCACUGUAAUUAAUUGUAAUUUAUCAUUAAAUGAACAAACACGUCUUCAUACAUGUGAUGAAUUAGCAUCAUUAUUUGAUGUACUCUAUUGUCAAAUUGAACAAUUAAUAUUGAAACAACAACCUCAAGCAAAAUAUUUUUUUGAUAAUGAAACAAUAAUUAUAAUACUUUUAAAUGAUAAUGAUAAUGAACAAAUAAAUAUAGAUAAUAGCUGUCGUUUAGCUAUAGAAUUAUUUCGUUUUAUACAACAUGUUAAUAAUGUUACACAAUGGUGUUUAACAACAAUAAUAGCUAUUGAUUAUAAUGAAUUAAAUAUUUUAUCAUCCGAAUAUAUCCAAGGUUUAGCAUAUGACUAUGCACGAUGGUUACGUGAUGAAUGUCUUAUUAUUAAUCGUAUACAUGUAUCAUCAAGAAUAUAUAAUUCAUUAAAAGAAAAUAAAUUUUAUGAAUUUCAUUCAUAUACGUGGUUAACAAAUAAAAAUUUUCUUGGAAAUAAUUUAACAUAUUUUUUAUUUAGUACAAAUAUGUAUGAAUCACAUAAAAAUUUAAUAACAUCAAUAAAUAAUUCUAGUAUGAUUGAUCAAUUAACACGUAUACAAGCACAAUAUCAUGUUGAAAAACAUUUAGGUACAAUAACAUUAACACGUUCAUUACGUAAACGUAGUUUAAUUGAAUUAACAACAAAACAUCUUUAUUGGUUUAGUUUAAAUUUUAAAGAACAAUAUUUAAUGAAUGAUCAAAAUUUUAAUUAUGAUUUUCAAUUAACACAUCGUUCAACAUAUCCAAAUUCUUUUAUUUAUAUUUAUAUAUUAUUUAUUUUAAUUGGUUCAUUAUGUCAAUCAUAUGUUAUUAAUCAUUUAACAAUAUAUUAUUUAAUAUUAUUUCCAACAAUAAUUAUUGGACUUAUUUUAUUAAUUAUUAUAUUUAUUUAUUCAAUACGUUCAGAUCAAACACAAUUAAAAUUUAAUAAUAAUAAAAUUAAUAGAAAAUUUUAUGUUUAUUUAAAUAUACUUAUUUGUUUAACAUUAUCAACAAUAUUUAUUGUUGCUACACAAUAUCAUUCAGUACAAAAUUUUAAUUAUUUAUUUAAUUUAAAUGAAGUUGUUAAUAAAACAAUAAUAACUUCAAUAAUGAAUGAAUCAUCUAGUCAAAUUAAUUCAACUUUAAAUAAUACGAUAAUCAGAAUAUCGUCAUCAUUUGAUCGUCAAUAUCAUGAUUAUCUUAUACUAUCUCCAAUCUAUGCACUUUAUUUAUGUUCAAUAUAUCAUCAAUGUUCAUGGAUAAUAAAAACAUUUUUUAUAAUAAUUUGUUUAAUUGUUCAAUUAUGUUUAUUUGAAUAUAUAUGGUUAACAACAAAUAUAUAUUUUCCAUCUAUACAUCCAUUACAUCAUUAUACAACAUUUACAUUAAUUAUAUUUCAUAGUUUUCUUUUAAUAAUAUCUUCAUAUGUUCGUGAAUGGUUAGAAAAAAUUGAUUUUAUUUGGCUUAAACAAAUUGAUAAUGAACGUUUAAUUAUUAUUCGACAACGUGAUGAACUUAUUAAACAAAUAUCAUUAUAUUUACCAUUACGUGUUAUUAAUUAUUAUUUACGUAAUGAUUCUGAUUUAGUAUUAUCACAACAUUAUCAUAUUAAAUAUGAUCGUAUGGCAUUAUUAUAUAUUCAUUUUUUACCAUUAAAUAUUGAACAUGAAUAUUUACUUAUAAAUUAUAUUAAUGAUAUUGAAUAUUUAUUAAAAAAUAAUGAUAAAUAUAUUGAUAUUGUUAUACAUAAAAAAUCAACAAUUAAAGAAAUAAUGUUUUCAAUUGAUAUAAAUACAGAUGAUUCAAUAAAAAAUCUUCAACAAUUAGUUGAAUUAUUAUUUCAAAUUGAUGAACGUUUAAAACAAAUAUCAUCAUCAACAAUAAAUCUUGCUGCUUGUUUACAUAUUGGUUGUGUACAUGAAAUAUUAAUACAUUUUGAAAAAUCACUUAAAAUUGAUCUAUGGAGUGAACAUAUUACACUUUUACAAUCACUUAUUAGUAAAACACAAGUUAAUCAUUGUAUAACAACUGCACCAAUAUAUCAUUUAUUAAAUGAUCUUUAUUUAUUUCGUACAGCUGGUUCAAUUGUUAGUACACAAAUUCAUACGGCUAAUAAUACAAAUAUUUAUUAUCUACUUGGUCGUCUUAUUGGAGAUAAUGUCUUUCAGGGUCGUAAUGCUCUUCCAUUAAUAAUAGGUCAUACAAAUGUAGGUACUGUUCAAAAAUCUUCUAGUACAGACGAUUCUCAUCAUUCCCAAUCAUCUGAACUUCAUUGUAAAUUAAAUUCUCAAAAAGAACAAAAUCAUACGCAAGCAUCAACAACAACAACAACAACAACUACAUCAUCAUCAAUCGCUCUUAAUGAACAACAAACACUUCUUAAACAAUCAUCAUCAUCAUCAUCAUCUCGUAAACAUGUACGAAUAUCAAAUCAUCUUUCAUCAAUUGAAAAUCCUUCCUAUCGUCAAACACUUUUACAAGCAUUAAAUGCAACAACUAAAACUAAUAUUAAUAAUAAUAAUAAUAAUAAUAAUAUUCAACAUCAAAUAAGUCCUAUUAAAAAAUUAUCUAAUCGUUUAAUAACAAAAAAACAUACACCAUCACCAAUAGCAAAAGAAUUUUAUGUACCACGUAUGACACAUUUAAGUGAUAAUAGUUGUUGGUCAUCAAGAGAAGCCAUGAUACAAUCAGAAACAAGUGGAAGUAAAUGUUUAAUUUUAACACAACAAAUGCUAAAUGGAUCAACAGAUGAUAAUAGUCGAUGUAAAUCAACACCACCACCACCACCAUCAUCAACUCGAAUGUCAUCAUCAAAUCGUCAUUUAUCAAUUGAACGAAAAAGUUUUACAGAAGAAGAUUUUCGUCAAUUACUUCAAGAACAAUCAAUAAAAGAUAUUAACAAUCCAUCUCGAAGUUUAUCAAUAACAAAUGAAGAAACAACAUCAUCAUUUUCUGGUUGGGAUGAUAUACCAUCAUCACCAUUACCAAGUGUUAAAUCUAAUCAUGUAAACAUUCAACAACAACAACAACAACAAGAAUCUAUUAAACCUACAUCAUCACCACUUGUUGAUUGUUAUUAUCCACGUCGUCCAUGUGAUUUAUCAUUUACAGUUAAUAUGACAACAAUUGAAGAUGAUAAUAGUAGUCGAACUGAUGCUAAAUCAACAGUUAUUGCUUCACCAUCAUCAACUGUUGUUACAAUUACUUCGCCACCACCACAGCCUCCACCACCAUCAUUACCAUCACCACCACCACCACCACCACCACCGCCGCCGCCGCCACCAAUACAACCGCUCCAACCAACACAACCAUUAUCUAUUACUAAACCAACUGUUAUUACAUCUCAAUCCCAACAACAAAUUCCAAGGUAUCGGCCAGCACCAUUUAAUUUAGCACGUAAAUUAAUAGCUGAAACAUCUGAAAGUGCUCUCUCAGAAAUAUCUAUUGAACAUCAACAUGAGCCGUGGACACAAAAUAAUGCUUAUCAAUCAAAAGAUCCUCAACGAACACGUCUUUCAUCAAGUUAUAGUAAUUUACAUGACUUUUUACAAACAAAUGACUCAUCAAAAUAUCGUCCUAAACAAAUUCAAUCACCAACAAUAAUUCAUGGUGAUUUAUUACAACGUUGGCUUGAAGAUCAACUUAAUCUAUUUCGAUAUCAAGUUAAACAAACUCCAUCAUUAAUAACAAGAAAAACGAAUCGAUUUUCAAAUACUAUUGUUAUUAAGAAUGAUUCAACAGAUGAUGAGUCUGAUACUGUUAGUGAACAUACAUUUACGGCUUUAACAAAUCAAUCAAGUUUACAAUCAAAAUCUACAUCAUCAAAUAAACGUCCAUAUAAUCAUGUCAGAUAUAAACCAUUACGAAAAAAUUCAACACCAGCAUCAAAUCUUAUUCGACAUGAAUCUCUUAAAUAUCGUAAUAGACCAUUAUCAUUUGAAAAUAAUCCUCAAUUAAAUAAAACAGUUUAUAAUUAUCAAUCAAAUUCAAUUAAAAGACCUCCUCAUCGAACUGAUUCUUCAUCAAUGCCUCGUUCAGAUUUAAGUGAUAUAUCAUCAUCUAGACCAGAUAAUUUAUCUGAAAGUAUUAUAUCAAAUCUUGAAUCUGAAUAUGAUAAUAUAUAUACUCAACCAAUAAAUUCAAAUACAACAACAACCAUUAUGACUAAUUCACAAAUUAUAAGUGAUGAAGAUGAUGAUGAUGAAACUACUUUAGCAACAACAAUAGCAACAAAUAAUCGAUGUUACUUUUAA